UAAAAAGAGCUUUUUCGGACUUCGAUGCGCGAAAAUAUCUUCAUCCUUGAAGCAGGUUCUGCAGUAGAAGAACUGCCGGAGGCACCGUUUCCUUAUCCGUUCCCGCUUCUUCUUCUUCUUCUUCUUCUUCAACAUUGCCUCCAGAAACUCUAUCUAGGGAAAAAAAAUAUGCAUACCUCAUUCUGCUCCCCAUCUUCUUCUUCUUCCCUUGCCAUUUUCAAGCUCAACCAAAAUCCUCUUCUCCCCCAUCUUGUUUCUACACCGCGUUUAACUCUCAAAAGAAGACCCGCUUCCACCACCCGAGCACUUCUCUCAGCUCAUAGAGAAUUAGUUCUGAAGGAUUUUCAUGAGCGACGAGCUCUCAAGAUUAUUUCAGGCCUGCAGAACCUUGACAGGGAAAAUGUGGCUUCUGUAGUCACCGCAGCAGACAAGGGGGGAGCAACUCAUGUCGAUAUAGCAUGUGAUGCGGAGUUAGUGAAGCUUGCCAUUAGUUUAACUUCUCUUCCGGUUUGUGUUUCUUCUGUGGAUCCAGCAGAAUUCUUACCUGCUGUUGAAGCUGGAGCAUUAAUGGUAGAAAUUGGAAACUAUGAUUCAUUUUAUGAGGCGGGAAUAAUUUUCUCUGCAGAUCAGAUAUUAAAUCUAACAAAAGAGACUAGGAGGUUACUACCAUCUGUGGCCUUGUCAGUCACCGUGCCCCACACACUUGGACUUCCUGAUCAGGUCAAGCUGGCAGAGUUGCUUGAACAGGAAGGUGUCGAUGUUAUACAAACUGAAGGAGGAAAAUGUUCUCAUCCUUCAAAAUCUGGCAUCCUCGGCUUGAUCGAGAAGGCAGCGCCUACACUAGCAGCUGCAUAUUCAAUCUCAAGGGCUGUUAAGAUUCCCGUUAUGUGUUCGUCUGGAUUAAGUGCUGUCACAGCACCAAUGGCUAUCACAGCUGGAGCUGCAGGCGUGGGCGUGGGAUCAGCAGUUAACAAGCUCAAUAAUGUCGUAGCGAUGAUUGCAGAGGUUAGGAGUAUUGCUGAUUCUUUAGCACCAACAGCUGCCCAGCUAAGCAGACCCGAUAGCGCGUUUUUGAAUUUGUAGAUUUAUGGUUCUUUUGCGCAUAUGCGAAUAUUAGCUUGCCUUUGCCAGUGCAAGGUAAGAAACAUUUGCCUUCUUAAAUAAGAUCCCUUCAUUUGACUUUCCCCAUAACAUGCUUUUUUGUUAAGACUCCAAAGAACGAUUCCUAU